AUGUUCCCCCCCGGUCGCGGUAAUGACUGCCUAGAAGUGGGCCACAAAUUUGUGAUUAGUCUGUUUGGCACCAGCAUGGUAUUCACAGCUGAAGGAGAAGAUGUCCGCCUCAGGGAAUACGAGAAGGGCAAGAUGAGCCAAAUCUGGGCCUGUGAAAUGAACUCUGACAACCGAUACGGCAUGCGGAACGGAGCCACUGGGUGUCUUCUUGGGCGGGAUAACAACACAGAGGUUUUGUGUCAGGUGAAACGUCACAAACUGUUUGAGUGGCUUACUUUCACGCGGCUUAGCCUCGGCGGGUACUCCUUGGCGAUUCCUUGCCCUGAAGGCACACUUGGUUACAAGCUCGACCCAAUCCAACCUACCGGCUACGAAAGCAGCAGCCCGAGCUUAAAGCUUGGAACCGCAUUUCACCAGUUCGGCCUGCACCGGCUCAAGGACUCAGUUUUCAGGCGGUUUGAGUGGGUCGUACCUGACCGUCUAGCACGCUCAUCUGCUCCAUACUACGAUGGUGAAGAUUCCGAUGAGAGUAUUAAUGAAACCUCAAUUGAGUUCCUUGUCAACCGUGGUAUCCAGAAUAUUAUCAGCAUGAACUCCAUAGAGAUAUCACCGCGCGAGAGGGGGAGGCUUAAUGCCGCCAACAUCUCGUAUUCUCACAUCAAGGCUCUCGAGUUUACCGCACCCACACAGGAGCAAUUUGACCAGGUCUGGAAUGCCUAUGAGAAAGCCGGGGCUACGAUUGUAUACUGCGGAUAUGGGGAUGGGAGGACCGGGAUGGCUAUCAGUGCAAUUCAGCUUUUCGAGGGUCGUACCCUAACCGACCUGGAUUACAGGGCGAACGGGGUGCAGUGUCCCUGCCAGCUAGAGGCAUUGAGUGUGUUAAGCGAGAGACUUCGUAGGCGA